AUGGUCAAUGACCACAGUCAGUUGGACGCAGCGGCAUUCGCCGAUGCGGGCUGUCUGCAGAAUGUGCUGUUUUCGCCUUCCAUUUUGGUCUGGACUUUGGAUCUAGGGCUGAAGGAACCCCUGGGAUCCAUGGGCAACGACGCUCCAUUAGCCUGCCUUUCCAACUUUGACCCGCUCGUCUACGAGUACUUCAAACAACUCUUCGCCCAGGUUACCAACCCCCCAAUUGACCCCUUUAGGGAACGGAUCGUUAUGUCGCUGGCUUUGGCUAGCGUACUGCUGACGUGCAACCCCGCACAGUGUCACCGCACGCACUCACGCAACUUCCUCUUCCUCUCAGUGACUGUCAGAGCAGCCGCAUUAGAAAUGUUGCGCAGAACUCAGUGCUCAUGGUGGACUGUGCCAACAACUGGAGGCUGA